AUUCAAAUUACACAUGUGCACCACAUGUUAGUUAAAAACAUCAUGACUUAAAAAUAUUUUCUCAGACAGUUACCAAAAUGCCUCAGAAAAUGAAAAAUACCUCUGUCAAAAGAGGUCAGCCAAAAUCCUCGGGCAGUGUCCCCACAGAUCAGCCAGUUGUGAAGAAGAAGAAAGUUUUCAAAGAUGAGAGUUUUCCCAGAGGUGGGAGUGUCAAAACACAGGAAAUCAAGGACCAAUCAUCUUUACAAGAAGUGGCAAAUCCAAAUGCACAACUUUUUAAGGAAGUGGAGGAGGAACAUAAGUCCUUACAGUCAAAGAGAAAGAAGAGGGAGGAGGCCAAGAAAGCUAAAUUUCUACAGAAACCCAAAAUGCCCAGUCUGGUUGACAGCUUACCAGAAGCUCACCUGCUCACUAGACAGAUCCUAGCACCAGGAAUGCUCAUUUUGGGAUGUGUAAAAGAGGUCCAUGAAUACAGCCUGAGCAUUAGUUUACCUAACAACCUGACAGGCACCGUGGCCCUGACCCAGAUCAGCCCCGCCUACACAGAACAGCUACAGCGUCUGAGUCAGAUGUCAGAGGAAGACCUAAUGUCUGAAGACACGGAGGUAGCAGACUUGCCCACCUUGUUUAAGAUUGGCAUGAUUGUUACAUGUAAGAUCCUCUCAGUUCAAAACUCCAAGCAGUCAGGGGUGAAGGUCAAACUGAGCCUGAACCCACAGGACAUCAACAAAGAUCUGACCCCAGAAGGCCUUCACAAUGGAAUGGCGGUAUUUGGAAGUAUUUCCAGUGUUGAGGAUAGGGGUUAUGUAGUAGAUCUAGGCAUCAAGGGAGUUAAAGCCUUCAUGAAGAGUUUGGAUGCGGAGAAAUAUGUACAGCUUCACAAUGAAGGUUUUCCACUGAGAGUAGGACAACCUGUGACGUGUGCCCUAAAAGUUGGGGAGGCCCGAAUGGAGCGGGCGGUGGGGGAGACUCGCACCAUCAACGUGACCAUUGAUCCAUCAGAGGUCACCACUGCUCAGAUUAAAGAUGCAAUGGAAGUGAAGUUUAAUUGUUUGGCUCCUGGCAUGAAAGUGGCUACCAGAGUUAUGAAGGUUUGUGAAAAUGGGGGAGUUGUUGUGAAGUUCCUCUCCUUCAAGGGAAGCGUCCCUGUCACCCAUCUCAAUAUAAAGACUCCACAUAAAGGAAACCAGAUGAUGGCCCGAAUCCUGUACAUCCAGCCCACAACAAAGUCUGUGGUUCUGACGACAUUACCCCACAUUGUGGAUUACAGUGGUGCACCGGGCAAGACGUCUCUGACACAGUAUGACAAAGGGGACAUAAUUGAGGAAGCCCGGGUCCUGUACACUGAUCACAAAAGAGGAGCUUACCUCAAAAUACAGGAUGGAGUUACUGCCCUUGCCAGUCUCAAGAGCUUGUCAGAUGAAAAAGUGACAGACUUGAAAGCUCAAUUCAAACGGGACUCCAUUCACAGGUGUCGUGUUUUGGGAGUAGAUUUAAUGGACAACGUAGUUCAUGUUGGAAUGAAAAAGAGUUUGUUCUCCAAGUCUUUUGUCAGUUUAAAAAGUCUUCACCCAGGAGAUUUAUUUGAGUGUGAAGUUGUGGAAUUGAAAGAUAAAGGAGUCAUUGUAAAAUCUGGUCAUAUAUCGGGAAUCAUUCCCAAAAUGCAUCUGGCAGACAUACCAUUGAAGAUGCCAGAAAAACGAUUCAUACCUGGUAAAAAGGUCAAAUGUAGGGUACUGAAGAAUGAUUUGAGCAAGAAAAGUCUAGUUUUGACGGCCAAGCGGUCACUGGUCAACACCCAGCUCCCCCUACUGACUGACCUAUCACAGCUGGAGGCGGGGCUACAGACUGAGGGCUACGUCAUCAAGACCUACAGUAAAGGUGUCCUGGUCGGCUUCUACGCCAAUGUCAAGGGAUUUGUACCAAAGAAAGAGCUGAGCACGGAGGAGAUCGCCCACCCAGAGAAGGUGUUUUACACUGGUCAGGUGGUCAAGUGUAGAAUACUAAGCUGGAACCUGGACAAAGGAACCGUAACUCUGUCCUUCAAGUCAGAUGAGUGGAAGCAGCAUGGAUCUAAAUUAGCAAAUGUGCCAGAGGACUUUCAGAUUGGAAAGAGUGUAGAUUGUAAAGUGACAGAGAAAAGAAAGACAGGAUUGGAUGUAGUCUUAAAACCAUCAGGAGUGUCGGCUUUUCUACCCAGAAUUCACUUGUCUGAUUCCCUAGCAACUUGUGACCUCAUGUUGGAAGUUACAGGUGUUGGCGGUGUUCUUAAAAACUGUGUUUAUUUUAGUAGAUCCAAUGUAUUGAUAUUAAGUAAACGAAAGUCCAUAGUGGAUUACUGCAGAGAGAAUGCUGUUGUUACGAAUGUCACAGAUUUGAAGGAUGGCAUGUUGAUUCCUGGUACUGUAAAGUCCAUCCAUUCCCGGUUUGGCAUCUUUGUAGAGCUUCCUUCAGGACUGGUUGGACUGGCCCCAAACAGGUUUGUGUCAGACAGACAAUGGCAGAAAGCCAAGGAGCAGUACCACAUAGGUCAGGCGGUGAUCGCCAGAAUUCUCCAGUCUAACCGCGACGACAACAAAUGUCUGGUGUCACUCAGGAUGCAGGAGUGUUACCAAGGCAACAUGGAGGUCGACCUGGUGGAGGACUAUUUAAUGGCUCUAGACAAGAUAGAAGACCAGAAAUCCAGGUUUCCACCAGGCAUCAAAAUUGGUGGAGUGUACAAAGCAAGCCUUGUUGGUAGAAGUGAUGACAAAAUGAUCUACAAAUUGGCCGACUCUGGAAUCUCAGUUUCUUGUCCUCUUGAUCUCAUGGAUGAGGAGGAUGAAACAGACAAUAACAACUCGUUGGAGGUCGCAGUUCUGAAUUUCAAUGUCAAGGACAACUGUAUCAGUGUUGUGGCCAAGCAAGAUAUAGUGAAAGCCAUCAAAGGGAAAUCUAAAGCUAAGGGUAAAGUCAACCAGAAAGUUGAAGGAAAAGCUUUAAUGGUGUGUGAUGAAGUUACCGUGGUGAUUCUACAGGACCAACUUGAGGGGCAGCUAGCCCAUGUCCCUACAAGAAAGCACUUGAACGAUGUCCUCAGCCCUACAUUUUCAACAGGACAAGAUGUCAUGAUCUUUGUUAAAAAAGUUGUGAAUGGUCACAUUGUUGGCGUACCAAACUAUCCAAUGAGUCGGACAAAGCAUCAGUCAGUGGAGGGUUUAGACAUAGAAGAUGGAAAAUUUAACCUUGAUCCAGGCAAUGUGGUUGAAGGUCGUUUACAGAAAUUGAAAAAGCGAUCUGGGAUUUUAGUGAAUUUAGUGGGUGGAGCCAAGGGUGUGGUGUGUUUGACAGAUCUCUACGACGAGUAUCAGAAUGAUCCGCUGUCUAAAUUUCAUCAGGGCCAGCAUCUGAAAUGUUACGUGAUAGAUCUAGGGCCCAAACAAACCUAUCAGUUGUCACUCAGAAGAUCAAGGGUGUUUAAUGACAAAUCAGAUGUGAAGGACCCAGAAGUCCUCGGGGUGAAGUCACUGAAAGUUGGCCAGGAGCUGAGGGGCUACAUUGUCAAGAAGACAAGCUCAGACCUCUUGGUCAGGAUUGGCAGAGACGUGUUUGGGACAAUAGAUGGGGCUGACUUCUCUCACAUUGAUAGGAGAACAAAGAGGCUAUUAUUCAAUGCUAAAAUUGUGAUAUCCACUAAGGUCAUUGGCUUGGAGGGAGAUAAGGUUCAUCUGAAAUUUCUUUCAUACAAAGAGGAGGAAUCAGGAAGAAAAGCUAUAAAAAGGCAGCACAGUGUGGAAUCUGUUACUAGUGAGGAAGAACUGAAGCCAAAACCAGGUGUAAAAUCUAAAGACAAACAGAAAACUGAGGAAACUCAGGAGUCAACCAAAAAAAAGAGGAAAAAAGUUGCUGAUAAGAAUAACAGUGAUAAGAAACAGUCAAAUGAAUUAUCGAAUGAACCAACAUCUGGCAGUCACAACAGUACAGAUGAGUUACCCCGUCUGAAGAUUGACUACGCCUUCUCUUGGGAUGCAGACCUGACCCUACCCCCAACAGAAAAUAUGGAGAACAGUUCAGAUGAAUCAGAUUCAGAGGAAACUCAGAAGAAAACAAAGAAAAGCAAGAAAGAUAUGACAAAAGAAGAAAUCAUGCUAUUUGAGUUUGAGAAGAGACAGUUAGAGGGGUCGGUGCGUCCAGAGAAGACGGAGGACUUUGACCGGAUGGUGCUCCAGUCUCCAGACAGCUCCCUCGUCUGGAUCAGGUACAUGGCUCACCAUCUGGAGUCCUCCGAGAUCGAAAAAGCUCAGGCCGUGGCAGAGAGGGCACUCAAGACCAUUUCAUUCAGAGAGGAACAAGAGAGGUUGAAUGUAUGGGUGGCCUACCUGAAUCUGGAGAACAUGUAUGGGACGCCAGCCCAGCUUCAGAAAGUCUUAGAGAGGGCCGUCCAACAGAACGAGCCACUCAGUGUGUACCAGCAACUCGUCAACAUCUAUGUCAAGUCGGGAAAACUGGAGGAGGCAGAACAGCUGUACAACAAAAUGGUGAAGAAACACAGUGCUAAUAAAUCAGUGUGGCUUGGAUUUGGGGAUUUCUUCUUUAGGAAUGGAAGAGUUGAAUCAGCGAGGAAACUGCUACAGAGGAGUUUAAACUCGCUGGAAAAAAGAGAUCAUGUGGACACAAUAUCCAAGUUUGCUCAGAUGGAAUUUAAGUAUGGUGAAGCAGAGAGAGGGAAGACCAUGUUUGAGAACAUCCUGGUAAACUACCCUCGGAGAACAGACCUGUGGUCAGUGUACAUUGACAUGGUGGUCAAGUCCGGCGACCUGGAGGGGGCAAGGUUGCUCUUUGAACGAGUCAUCAAUCUUCAGAUGGCCAUGAAGAAAAUUAAGUUCUUUUUCAAGAAGUUUUUAGACUUUGAGGAGAAACAUGGAGAUGAGUCAAGUGUGGCAGCUGUGAAACAAAAGGCUCAGGAAUAUGUGGACUCGCACUGAUAUUAACUUCAGGGCUGGUCAUACGGUAGUGAUUGUGUUCAAUAAAUUACAUUUAUCUUUUACAUUGAUGAAGCGGAUGAACUUUUAUGUGAGCCUAUCUGUAUGGACUAUAGGAAUGGAGAGAAGGUUUUUUAAUGAUUGGAAAAGUGCAUGUUCAUUCAGACAGCUAGAAUAUCAAGUUUUGUUUGUCAACUUAACUACCAUGCAUUUGUAUAUGCUUAAUGAUGUUUUAAAACCCUUUCUUCAUACAUUAUGAAGUACACAUUUAUAAGGAGUAUCUUCAUAACGAAGGGAUUGUAAUAAAUAGCGUAAAUAUCAUAUUUUGAUAUUUAUUCCUAAUUUUGUUUUGAUGAUGUUGUUAUAGAAUGUUGAUAAAAAUAAAUGUAAAUGAUGAAC